CCGAGAGAGCAGAGGAGCUGCACUUGGAAAACAACGCCUCCUGAACCCACAACAGACGUCUCCCAGCGUGGAGCAAGGCGCCUUGAACAAGACAGAUGCUGAACCUGCUGGUGUUUGCCCUGCCCCUCCUGCUGGGCCUGGUCCAUGCAGCCCCUGCCCCGAGCCAGGACCUGGAGAGAGUGGGCAUCGUCGGGGGGAAGGAGGCCCCUGGAACCAAAUGGCCCUGGCAGGUGAGCCUGCGGGUCAAACUCCAGUACUGGAUGCACAUCUGUGGGGGCUCCCUCAUCCACCCCCAGUGGGUGCUGACCGCCGCACACUGCGUUGGACCGGGAACUGCGGACCCCGCAGACCUGAGGGUGCAGCUGCGGGAGCAGCACCUCUACUACCAGGACAGGCUGCUGGCUGUCAGCCGGAUCAUCCCCCACCCCAACUACUACACAGUUGAGAACGGGGCAGACAUCGCCCUGCUGGAGCUCGAGGACCCCGUGAGCAUCUCCGGCCAUGUCCAGCUGGUCACCCUGCCUCCUGCCUCAGAGACCUUUCCCCCAGGAACCUCGUGCUGGGUGACAGGCUGGGGCGAUCUGGGCAAUCAAGAGCCCCUCCCACCACCGUACCCACUGCAGCAGGUAAAGGUCCCCAUUGUGGAAAACAGCCUGUGUGACACGGAGUACCACACUGGCCUGUACACAGGGGACAACGUCCGGAUCGUCCGUGACGACAUGAUGUGUGCCGGGAACAGGAAAAAGGACUCCUGCCAGGGCGACUCUGGAGGGCCCCUGGUCUGCAAGGUCAAUGGCACCUGGCUGCAGGCAGGUGUGGUCAGCUGGGGUGAAGGCUGCGCCCAGCCCAACAGGCCUGGCAUCUACACCCGUGUCACCCACUACCUGCACUGGAUCCGCCAGUAUGUCCCCAAGGAGCCCUGAGCCUGUCCCUGGGGCUGCCAGCUGGGUCCAAGGAGGACCAGGCCCCUGCUGUCCCCAGACCCCUGCCCCUGCCCUCCCAGGUGCACCUUCACCACCUCCCCUGUUCCCUGUGCUCAGCUCCCCGCCUCCCCCACCCCCAGCCCAGGGAGCAGGUGGCAGCA